AAUACUUUGAUUGAUUACUUGUUUAGUUUAUGUAGCAUCGUGUUGCUUAAGAUACCAUAACACAUCCAUCGACAUCUAUAUUUGUGUGAGUACAUAUAUAUUGACGAUAAAGCCAUAUAUCCUUCCUUGACUUUGGUACCCUUUCCUUUUUACUAUAAAUAGGGAAUACUCAUGAUCCUCUAAUUAUGCACACAACCUUUUCCAAAGCCAAACAACAAAAGAACAUAAACUUUUUUCAUCAAAGACGAAGCUUCACCAGAAAUGGAGCUGGAUCUUGAUCUUUCUCUUUCACCUCAUACUAAUUCUUCAAAUUUCGGGUUAGGCUUCGAUCUCAACAAGCAUUUGAAUACCAAAGAAAAAAGUUUUGAUGCGAUGCUUGGGUUGGAAAAUAUGGAAGAAGAUUGUUAUGUAUCAAAACCACGUUCAUUUUCUUUGAAUGGCCAGUCAGACAAGGAAGAUGAUGAUCCUCUGGAGCCCGACUCUUCUGUUGUGUACGACGAGGAAGAGAACUGCAAAGUCGUUGGAUGGCCACCAAUAAAGUCAUGUAUGAAAAAGUAUCUUAAUUAUCGUCAUCGUAGUCGUAAUCACCCAUAUCACCAUCAUGGUAGGAGGAUCAACAUAUCUAAUCAACCGGCUACCAUUGAAAGAGGUGGGCCGUUAACCUCACUGAGAUCAUCAAUGUAUGUUAAGGUGAAGAUGGAUGGUGUCGCAAUAACAAGAAAGGUGGACAUCAAGCUUUUCAACUCUUACGAGUCUCUCACGAACUCCUUGAUCACCAUGUUUAGUCAAUACCAAGAUUGUGAUAGAGAAGAUACAAACUUCAAAUUUACCUUCCAAGGGAAAGAGGGUGACUGGUUAUUACCAGGGGAUGUUCCAUGGAAGAUCUUUGCUGAAUCUGUUCAUCGAAUAUCAAUAACUAGAGAUUGUCUGUGUCCAUAUACAAGACUUUUGUUUUAAUGAUAAGAAAAUAUUCAACUCGAGUACCAUCUAUCUGAUUAAAUUUCUACUCGAAUUCUUGUUAUGUAUUCUCCUUUAGUAUCCAGUUCAUUGGUUUAGGUAUUUUGUCACCUAUCAAGAAUCAUGGCUAAACAUGGACGGUAACAUAAAGAAAUUUCCUCUUUUUUGGACAAA